UUUACUGACAAAUUAAAAAAGUUUUUCAAGUAUUUAAUUAAAAAUGUGUUCUUUAUCAAAUAAAAUAUGGAAAAUUACCAUAUGUAAUUGGGAAUUAAGCCGAAUAAGAAACGUUUCUAUGAUCAGACGGCUAUGUACAGCUGCAGUUACAAAUUCUAAACAAGAUGAUGAUAAAUCAUUAACUAAGGAGAAAGCUCACACAUUAGUAAUGAAACUGACAAAUGAAGAGAGAGAUAAUUUGGCUUGGUGCUUAAAUCAUUAUGAAUCAGAAGAGACCAAAGCAGAAUAUCGAGGUCAAUUGGCUGGGUUCAGAUGGCGUUCAAAGUUUGGACGUCCCAGUAAAGUACCUGAAUUAGGAGAUGUUGAUCCAACAGGCUCUUACUGCCCAUUGCCAGAAGAAUGGUUAUUAAAAAAAUAUGAAGAAACUAACACGGAGACUGUACCAGAACCAACUCGAGCCCAACUAUUUAGAGUGGGAUUGCAAAAUGCUAUUCCUUUCAUUAUGUUUGGAUUUUUGGACAACUCAGUGAUGUUAAUAUGUGGUGAAUCAAUUGAAAGAACAGUUGGUGCUGUAAUUACAAUAUCGACAAUGGCUGCUGCUGCAAUUGGUAAUACUUUUUCUGAUAUACUUGGAAUUGGCUCUUCAUAUUAUGUGGAACAGUUGGUAAUCAAACUUGGUUUAAAACCUCCUAAUCUAACACCUAUUCAAUUGGAUAUGAAGUGUAGUAGACGAGCUGCUAAUUUAGGAAGGACACUUGGAGUUACUCUAGGUUGCUUUUUGGGAAUGUUUCCAUUACUAUUAAAAAAAGAUGAAGAAUCUAAGGAUGAAGAGUCUGAGGUGGAAGAAGAUGGAAAAUAAAAAAAUAUUAGAAUAAAAAUUAUUUAUUUUCACAAUUUAUAAAUAAGUUUCAUUCUGACUGAUUCCU